GACUGCGCUUGUCGAGAUGGUGAUGCUGGUAGGUGCAUCAACAGCUACGCCAAGAGCCAUCGUAGCGAGAUUAAGCCACGUCACAGACGUCCCGCGGUUGCUAUGCUAAACGUACACGAACUGCGUACUUAAAUGUGGGAACAAAAUUUGUAGGCUGUUUAUUGGAAUAACUAAACUGUAGAAUAGGAUUGUAAUAAGCCGUGUGUUAUUACUGAGAGCACCGCAGAGCCACCAUCGGAUGGAACCGGCAAGUUCUUCCCCGCCGGCAACCACAGCGGUAGGAUCGGCUCAGCCGUCACUCGAAUCGGAAAACGUCACUCGCGAGGCUGUGCCAUCUCCGUUGUCACAACGAGAGUGUUAUUCACCGGCGUCCUCGAGUCCUCAUCCCUUGGCGCUCUGCCUGGGUCCCCCGUGUACUCCGUCGGCACAUCGGACGCCCCCGCCGGCGCCUCCUUCCUUCCUGCUGGGGCCCGGUCACGGUCACGUGUCUUGUCCGUCGUCGCCGCCAUCCGCCGUCAAGAACAAAGCGUCGCUGGGCCUGACGUGCGUCGUGUGCGGGGACACGAGCUCGGGCAAGCACUACGGCAUCCUCGCAUGCAACGGCUGCAGCGGUUUCUUUAAGCGUAGCGUCCGGAGAAAACUUUACUACAGAUGUCAGGCUGGCACGGGCCGUUGCAUAGUCGACAAAGCGCAUCGAAAUCAGUGUCAGGCCUGCCGACUCAAGAAGUGCUUGCAGAUGGGCAUGAAUAAAGACGAUGUCCGCGACACUGACCACCGCUUGUUCGCUGCGGUCACCCUGUUCCGCUCCGACCAGUCCACAGCUGUUCAGAACGAGCGCCAACCCCGGAACACAGCCACGAUCAGACCCGAAGCGCUACUCGAAAUGGACCAGGAAAGGGCGUUACGAGAAGCCGCAGUAGCUGUUGGUGUUUUUGGCCCUCCAGUUACUCUAGCGAUGGGUCUCUCGCCAAGGUAUCACACUGGCAUGCUGACGUCACCCAUAGAACUGCCACCUAAACAGGAAGCGGAAGAUGAGGACAGCAUCGACGUUACCAACGAGGAGACCCUCCCCCCGGCACCCCGACCCCUCACCUGCUCUGCACCAACUCCGACGGUGUCAUCGCUGGCAUCUCAACAGUUUUUUUUUGCCAUUUAUCAGCCGAUCCAAGAGACGGUGUACGAGACAUCGGCCCGACUUCUGUUCAUGGCCGUCAAAUGGGCGAAGAAUCUGCCUUCCUUCGCUAGGCUUCCUUUUCGUGAUCAGGUAAUCCUACUGGAGGAAGCGUGGGCCGAACUGUUCUUGCUGAACGCCGUUCAGUGGUGCAUGCCGCUAGAGACGAGUCCCCUGUUCUCCGUUUCUGAACACGCUGCUGGUGUGCCGAACGGCAAAGACAGCCAAGUGGCCUCAGACGUUCGCAUUCUGAACGACACUCUACUGCGGUUUAAGGCUGUCGGAGUUGAUCCGGCGGAGUUCGCCUGCCUUAAAGCAAUUGUCCUUUUUCGAUCUGAGACACGAGGUCUGAAAGACCCUGCGCAGGUGGAGAACCUGCAGGAUCAGGCUCAGGUGAUGUUGGGUCAACACACUAGGGGUCAGUACCCAGGACAGGCCGCGCGCUUUGGCAGGUUGCUGUUAAUGUUACCACUUCUUCGGCAAGUCUCCACAGGUCGCAUCGAGCAGAUUUUCUUCCAACGGACCAUUGGCAACACGCCCAUGGAGAAGGUCCUUUGUGACAUGUACAAGAACUGAACUGAUCUCGUGAUGUUGAACUGUGGUGGGGGAGACCACAUUGAAACAGGAUAAGGUCUGCUUGUACUGAUUACGGUGAUACUAAGUCUCUUCCGAAAGAAGAAAUGUCAGUGUUUGGUUGUAAAGUGUUGAAGGACAAUUUUAUAUUUAGCAGAGGUGAACUAAUUAACAAAGGAUUGGAUACAGUUACAGAAUUACAAACAUUAUACCUUUUACUCUAAAUCGGAUAUUGCUGGGGUGUUUAAUGAAUAAGUUAGACGGAAAAUGUAGCAUGCGAGGAGCUGCGAAAUGUAUUUUACAUUUUUAUCAGAAUACUCAAUACGUAUAUCAGACGUAUCUGGACACCGUAGCGUAAAUGAGAAUAUAAAAUUGAUCUUAGAGAAGUAGUUAAGCCGUGGUUAAACAGUGUGGAAAAUGGCGUGCUUCGGACUGGCAGACCAGGGUUCCUUUCCUGAUAGGGACAGGAACCUUCCUGUUUGUCGUCACGCCCAGAUCGGCUCUGGGGUAUACCCAACCACGUAUUCAACGAGUACAGAGGUUAAGGUGGCUUCAGUGUGAAGCUAAAUACUCAGUUUCUUGUUCAGAUGUCUGGAAUGCAUGGAGAUUUACUUGCAUUCCGCGUGAUGCUGAAGUGUGAAGGAAAUUCUACCCUACAUCGUGAAGAAAUGUUCUUUGUACGUGUGGGCUGGAUUGGACUAAUUCAGAAUAAGAUUCAGUGGCGAGCUCUUAUAAUUAUAGAACUCUAUA